AUGCACGGCACUGGACCCCUCGGUGCGAGAAUGGUGGGCUGCAAUUGGAGAAAGGUCAGCAACAGCCCCACUCUGUCGGGUUUAAGGCGUGCACUUUGCCUGCCACAACAGCAGGUAACACCCGCAAGUGACAGCAUGGCCUCGAGAAGCAUGUCUUCAAGCCUCCGGGCACUGGCUCGCUCUGCAACCAGACCGUCCUCCUUUGCAAGACCAACCCUGCAACAGUUCAUCCUCCCAGCCGUGCCUCGAACAGCCGCAGCAAAAACACCAUCUUCAAUACGUCUAGCCCACUCAGUCCCGCGCCCAAGGCCGGCCACAACCACCGGUGGCACCGCCAGCAACCCCCCAAAGCAACCAACCUACGAGCUGACGUUCACCUGCAUUCCCUGCGGCACCCGCUCCGCCCACAACGUCUCCAAGCAGGGCUACCACCACGGCUCUGUCCUCAUCACCUGCCCCUCGUGUCGCAACCGCCACGUCAUCUCCGACCACCUAAACAUAUUCGGCAACAAGAGCCUGACUGUCGAGGACCUCAUGCGCGAGAAGGGCCGUCUCGUCAAGCGGGGCACCCUCGGUGAGGACGGCGACGUCGAGUUCUGGGAGGACGGUUCUACCACUACCAGGGCUGAGCGCCAGGCCGACGGCGCUGACCCGAAGCCCCUGCCCAGGAACAACAAUGCUGCGGCCGAUGCUGGUCAGGGUGAUGCGCCCGGGUCGACCUUCGGGAAAAAUUAG